AUGGGUCUUCGCGAUCUAAUUAUUCGGACCGACUCUGCAAGAUUGGUAUUAUCUGCAGAAAAUUGGCUUCCGAUCUGGCAUCGCAAUGGCUGGCGAAAUUCCCUGCACAAACCCAUCGCAGAGGCAGAGUUGUGGAAGGAGAUUUGGUAUUUGAAGAAAAAGAUUAAGGUAUUUUGGGAACUUAUGGAUCCACCUGAUUACAACGAUAAAGAGGCCGCCAAACGAUUAUUUGCAAAAUGA